CAGAUUAACACUCACGUUUCUGGGGUGCUUUGGUAUUGCUUUUUCGCUUCUAGAAGUAGAAGGCUUGCCGCACUUCGCAUCCUAGGAUACAAAUGUAACGAUUUUGUUAUGUCGUGUCCUAUAUGUAUUAGCAAUUACCUUCCGACUUGGUAGCAGCGCUCAUCUUUCAUUGUCCGUCAAGAUGCCCUUCGGCCAGGUCGUGAUUGGCCCACCCGGCAGCGGCAAGACAACCUACUGUCGGGGCAUGCAGCAAUUUAUGCAGGCUACGGGCCGCAAGGUUGCGAUCGUCAAUCUUGACCCCGCCAACGACAUGCUGCCGUACGAGGCCGCAGUGGACAUCGCCGACUUAGUCUGCCUGGAAGAGGUCAUGGCGGAGCUCAAGCUCGGACCGAAUGGAGGCAUGUUGUACUGCAUGGACUAUCUGGCCAAGAACCUGGACUGGCUGCAUGAGAAGCUGGCGCCCUUAGAAAAGGAUGAUUACUACUUCCUAUUCGACUGCCCGGGCCAAGUUGAGUUAUUCACCGGGCCCGGCGGCGGCUCCGUACGUGCCGUACUGGACGAGUUAACGGGGGCGCAGUAUCAUUACCGGCUAGUUGCCGUACAGCUGGUGGACGCGCACCUGUGUACAGACCCGGCAAAGUACAUUUCGGCGUUGCUGCUGUCACUGAGCACGAUGUUACAUCUGGAAUUACCGCACAUCAACGUACUGUCCAAAAUGGAUCUCGUACGACAGUACGGCAAGCUAGACUUCAACCUGGACUUCUACACCGAGGUCCAGGACCUGGGCUUUCUGGUGCACGCCAUGGGGAGUCAGCCCUUCUCGAAGAAGUUCCGGAAGCUGAGCCAGGGGCUGUGUGAGGUGGUGGAAGAGUACGGCCUGGUGUCGUUCAUGCCGUUUGCCAUACAGGACAAGGCCAGCUUGCAGCAGCUGAUGGUGGCUGCUGACAAGGCCAACGGCUACUGCUUCGCCACCCUGCGGGGCCAUACACCGUACCCGCCGGAGAUGCUGUACGGCAGCGCGGACGCGGGUUUAUCAGAUCGCGAUAUCUGGCUAGGCAUGCAGGAGAAGUACGUGAAUGGGGAGGUGGUGGAGGGGGCCGCCGCGGAGGCGGGGGCAGAGACAGCUACAGGAGCUGGGGUGGAGGGGGGACCGGCGCGGGGAUCUGGCCAUGGAGUCAGGGGCCCACCGCUGCCCUCGCCACCGGCGGUGCGGCCGACCGGUGCGGUGAUGCGGUUCGCAGUUAAAGAGGAGGAAGAGGAAGACGGGGGGAAAGGAUAGGGAAAAGGGGAUGGUGAUGGAGGGUGAAAUGGGUUUUGCAUGCAUGGGGGGUUAAAAGAGGGCGAUACCUGUGUUUUAUGUGGUCUAUGUGGUCUGAGGGAUUCAGCAGCGUGCUGCGUGGACACUGGCUGGAUGGAGGCGGGAUGUGUGGGGGUUGUGAGGAAAGGUGGGACGAAGCGAAUUGGGAAGACGCAGCCCCCCGUUCGAGUCUCUUUGGUGUAGGAUGUUCAUUGACCUGCUGCUCGCGGUUGCACGUGUGGGGGGGAAGGCUUAUCGCAGUACCUUGUGUUGGGUAAAAACACAAACAACCGUUAUCUGCCGUUGGGCCCCCUCCGGGCUCCGGUCCCGUAGGUCAUAUCUUUGAAGGGUAGUUCCACAACUCCAGGUGGUGUAACGCACAC